CUGACCAGAAAGAUCACCACACCAGCCAGCCCAAAUCCUCCUCCCCUCCCUCCCAUUUCUGAAUUUCUGAUUGCCCGCCGACUCCCCGAACUCCCUCGUAAACCCUACCUCACCGCGCGAGGACGCCAGCGGCGGUGCCGGAGCGCCCGCAACCGCCCCUUCCCCGCCUCCCCCGCCCCGCCGCAGCAGGCAGGGGCAAGGGGAAGAUGAAGGGGGACGAUCUGGUGAGCAGCGACGACCCCGCCGCUUCUCUCCCUUCUCUUCCUCCGCCUCCUCCCCGCGGGGCGGGGCCGCCGCUCGUCCUCUCUCUUACGGCUGCGGCCGCGUGACUCGCGUCUCGUGCCUGUCGCAGUCGGAGGAGGACCGCGAGCUCAAGGCGCGUCUCGAGGAUUGCGUGGAGCGGGCGCAGAGCCGCGACCCCCGCAAACGGGUAGAAGCCAUCGACACCCUGAGGAAAGAGAUUCGUGCGGCGACAAGCUCAAUGACGUCUGUCCCGAAACCACUCAAAUUCCUCCGUGCACACUACGGAACUCUCAAGGCUUGUUUUCAGAGAAUGCGGGAUCCUGCACAGAAGAAACAUAUGGCUGACAUUCUGUCAGUAUUGGCCUUGACAGCGUCUGCUGAAGGAGAAAGGAAACUUGGCUUUUGAAAUUGGAAAAGAGUGGAAGGACAAUGGCUCAUCAACGCCAAUUGAAUCCAAGAUAGAACUAGUGCUAGAAAUUGUCAAAUUUCACAUGAAGCAUAAUGCUGAAACUGAAGCUCUGGAUCUUUUGAUGGAGGUUGGAUACCUUGAGAUGCUUUUCGACGAAAAAUAUGAAGAGUACCUUGCAAGGCUAUUUUGUCUUGUUGACUCUACCAACUACAAAAGGGCAUGCUUGUAUUUGACUACUUCUUCUAAAUACCUUUUGACUCCUGACCGUGAGGCCUAUGAGGCCACACUUUACAUUGCCUUUGGCAUGUAUGGGAAGUUUAGGGAUCUUGCAAGUGCUUUGCGGAUUGUGCUUUUGGUCAACGACGACAAGUGUUGUGAUCAGAGUGUGAAGAUUGUAUUUGCAGAAACUGAAGAUUUCUCCCUGAAGCAGCAACUCGCAUUUAUGAUAGCACGCUAUGGUUUAAGCAUGGAGGUUGAUGAUGAGAUGGUUGCAGAUGAAAAUGAGAAGAAUGCUUUGCAGGAAAUAGUUAAUAACACCAAACUGAGUGAGCAGUACCAUAUGGUUGCGUGGGAUAUUGGUGUCAUGGAGCCAAAAUCUCCAGAGGACAUAUAUAAGGUUCAUCUGAUUGGCAGUCAAGGUGCCAAAAGCUCCAGCCUUGAUUCUGCAAGACAAAAUUUGGCCGCAACUUUUGUCAAUGCAUUUGUGAAUGCUGGUUAUUGCCAGGACAAACUCAUGACUGCAAUUUCAGAUUCUUCUGAAAAUUUGCUAUUCGAGAAGAACGAACUUGGGAAAGCCAGUGCAGUAGCUAGUCUGGGAAUGAUACAUCUAUGGGAUCAUGAUUCAGGAUUUGCCAUACUUGACAAGUACCUGCAGAGCGAUGAUACUCAUGUUGUUGCAGGGGCUUUGUUAGGUAUAGGAAUUGUCUCUUGUGGUGUGAAGAAUGACUAUGAUCCUGCACUUGCUCUUAUUUCUGGGUAUAGCACGAGUGCAGCAUCAAUUACACGUAUCGGUGCAAUCUUGGGCCUUGGUAUUGCUUAUGCUGGGUCCCGGAAAGACAAGCUUAAAUCGUUGUUCUUAAUUACUUUGAGUGACUCCCAAGCACCUUUGGUGGACUUAGUGUUCUCUGCCAUCUCCUUGGGAUUGGUGUUUGUUGGUUCCUGCAACGAAGAGAUUGCACAGUCAAUCAUAUCUGUCUUGAAAAAUCUUAUUAAAGCAGAGCUUGCAGAGCCCAUUAUUCGUCUGCUUCCAGUUUCCAUUGGCCUUCUAUAUCUUGGAAAACAGGAGGGGCCGAAGGCUAACGUUGUUAAGGUUUCUGAAACAUUUGAUGAAAUAAUGAAGGAGGUUUCUAAAACAUUUGAUAAAAUAAUGAAGGACUAUUGGGAUGUAACUCUUAUGUCUUUGGCAUAUGCUGGGACAGGGAAUGUGCUUAAGGUUCAGGAGCUCCUUAGUAUCUGCUCAAAAAAGGAAGGUGGAAGUCACCAAGGGCCAGCAGUACUUGGAAUUGCUCUUAUUGCCAUGGCUGAAGAAUUAGGAGUUGAAAUGGCUGUACGGUCCCUUGAGCAACUUUUUAAGUAUGGUGAUUAUAAUAUUAGAAGAGCGGUUCCUCUUGCCCUUGGCAUGCUCUACAUAUCCAAUCCAAAGGUAGACGUUGUGGACACACUGAGUAGACUGAGCAAUGAUGCGGACGGUCAAGUAAUGAUGGCUGCAACCAUCUCACUUGGUUUGAUAGGUGCUGGUACAAACAAUGCACGUAUAGCCGAGUUGCUUCGUAAGCUCUCAAGUCAGGAACAUGGCGUUUACCUGUUUUGUGUGAGGAUUGCCCAGGGUCUUGUUCACCUUGGGAAGGGCUUGCUGACACUUGCCCCAUACCACUCUGACCGGCUACUUCUAUCCCCCGUAGCGCUAGCUGGGCUAGUAACCGUUCUGCACGCAUGCCUUAACAUGCAACCCACCAUCCUCGGAGAGUAUCCCUACAUGCUAUACAUCCUUGCCCUUGCUAUGCAGCCUAGGAUGUUACUGACUCUGGAUGAGGAUCUCAAGCCCCUCCCUGUGCCUGUUCAUGUUGGCCAAGCGGUCGACGUGGUCAGUCAAGCGGGAAGUCCCAGGACCAUCACUGGGUUCCAGACGCACAACACGCCUGUCCUGCUCGCUGCAGGGGAACGAGCUGAGCUAGCAACUGAAAAAUAUAUUCCGCUGACACCAAUUCUUGAGGGCUUUGUGAUCCUGAGGAAGAACCCAGAGCAUCAUGAAGAUUGAGAGAUUGGUGCGAUGCAAGCGUAAGCAGAUGGAGUGUCAUGAACUGGCUUGGUCAACAUCUAACUGUCACACAACAAGGGACAAUGACUACUGUGAAAGAGGCUGCAAAUAUUCCUUGUAACAGAGUACAGGUCGUACAGGGGUCAAUACAAAGAGCAGAAUAGCGUUAGGGUUCAAUGUAUGUACAGAGGGAGAAUUGGGUCGAUGUUUCUUCGGAAAGAGAAGCAAUUUUGUCGUAAGGGGAAACAGAAACAGUGGGUGUGACUGAAAGCUGCAUCGCAUAGCCUCAAAUUUUGUGUUUUCACUCGCAACUCUGUUUCCCAGAAUAAAAAUUUGUCCAUGUUCCUUAACAUGCACAUAUAGUCUUUUGAGAUGAAUAUAAUAGAUAUAUUCAGUUGUCUACU